AUGAGUCAGAAGAACUGCUUAGUGAAGAAUCUGAAGAGGUUUCGGAAGCAGUUAGAAAGAGAAGAAGGAAAGCUUCAGGCAACAAAAAGUGCCUUUAUUCCGAAGACCUUAGAGUGCCAUUUGUUUGUGGAAGAAUUUUGCAAGAAUCCUGGCAUCGCUUGGAUUGUGAAACCAGUAAGUGCGUGACAGGAUGAAGGAAUUUUCCUGUUCCAAAAACUGAAGGGUAUCCUGGAUUGGAAGAGGUGCCAACGACUCUGGUCAGUGGGAGUUUGCUUUGUGGAUGUGGACAACGCUCUCAUCGAGAGCCUCCGGAGUGUUCAGAAGGCCAUUAGCAGGGACAAACCCUGCUUUGAGCUCUGCGGCUAUGGCACCCUGAUCCAGCAGGAUCUGAAACCAUAAGGCUGGCCUCUGGCGGUAAAUGCAUCACCUUCCCCCACUGCCAGUAGCCAGGAAGACUGUGAACUCCAGUGUCAUCUACUCAAAGACACACUGCAUAUUGUGGCCAGGGAGAGCAGGCUGACGGGGAAGGAGAAGCGUGUUGGUGGCUUUGCCCUGAUACGCAACGACGGGCCUGCCAGCAGCGGGGCAGACGUGGGUGCUCCGGCGAAGGAGAACCUCUUGGCAAACACACGUUUGGUGGCCGUUCCCACUUUUCUCUGGACAGUGCUGGCUCUGCGCAAGACGCUGGCCGCCUUGCUUCUGAAGGCUUCCCAGCUUGGAAGCUGCAAUGAGCUCGAACGCGUGUGGAAGCGGCCAAGGCAGUGCCGGGCUGCCUGGAGGCGGCACCCCGGCCUGCUGGGCUGGAUGGCCGUCAGGGAGCCGGGAAGGGGCGGUGCUGUGGCCGAGGUCCUGCGUGGCUGCGCGGGAGGGAAGAGCGCAGGGGAUCAGGCCCAGCGCUGUCACUCCUGCGAGGUUUGA